UUGGAUUCGAUUAGGCAUUUUAAUGGAAUCAAGAUCGACCGCCAACUCAUCACAGCGUUGGUAGAGAGAUGGCGAAAGGAGACACGCUGCUUCAAUUUUCGUGAAGGUGAGUGCACCAACACACUUAAGGACAUCGCCAUCCUAACCGAUUUGCCCAUCGAUGGUGAUGUUAUUUGUGUGGACUCUACGCCACCACCUAAAGUUGUUGCCAAUAUGAGUGGUUCGCAGCAUUUUAUAUGGACCGUCACCGGGUUGUGUCCGCCAGAAAAGGGAGAUCACGAUGCGGAUGGUCAUCCAGCAUUGUCCAAGGGCCAAGUAUCCAUCACGUGGUUGACAGCGGAGAUCAGGCGUAAGCACAACCCUGAGUUUGGAGGCAUUCCCCUCACGGAGGAAAGUUCGGAGCGUGAUAAAGACAUUUAUGCACGUAUCUACAUCCUCGGCAUGAUCGGAGGAGUUUUCUUCCCCAAGAAAUCCAACAACUUAAUCAGCAAUUCAUGGUUGAAGAUCAUACUUGGGAGUUGGGAUGAUAUGGGAAACCUGAGCUGGGCAUCUGCUUGCCUAGCUCAUUUCUACCGAUCCCUCUGUAAUGCUAGUGCGAGAGCGGUGAAGGAGAUUGAUUGGGCCAUGUUCAUCGUCCAAAUUUGGGCUUGGGAGCAUUUGCCAUGGAUUGCGCCGAAGGUAGACCCCGACAAGGAAUGGGGACCCGACCAUCCCCUACGACAUGAAGCUUAUGGUUGUAGGUGGCUUGGUGAAAAAAAUAUGCGACAACCUAGGAGCGCAUAAGUUGGAGGAGUAUCGUAGGAGGCUUGAUCGCCUUUGGGAAGCAGAGGUGA